AUGGUCUCCUUCUCAUCCCUCUUCGUGGCGUGCUCUGCCAUCGCCGGUACUUUCGCCGCACCUGCUGAGGUUGCUAAGCGCUCUCCUGCUGAGUUGAUGGAGCGUGGAACCCCCAGCUCUACUGGAACUCAUAAUGGAUUUUACUACUCCUUCUGGACUGAUGGUGGCUCCGACGUGACCUACACCAACGGAAACGGCGGCCAGUACUCUGUGCAAUGGAAGAGUGGCGGAAACUUCGUCGGUGGAAAGGGAUGGAACCCAGGAAGCGCACGAACAAUCAACUACUCUGGAACCUACAACCCCAACGGCAACUCCUACCUCGCCAUUUACGGCUGGACCACCAACCCACUCAUCGAGUACUACAUCGUUGAGAACUUCGGCACCUACGACCCGUCGUCGCAGGCCACCAACAAGGGCUCCGUCACUGUUGACGGAUCCUCCUACAAGAUUGCGCAGAGCACCCGCACCAACGCCCCAUCCAUCGAGGGCACAAGGACCUUCGAGCAGUACUGGAGCGUCCGCCAGAACAAGCGAACUGGCGGAUCCGUCAACACCAAGACUCAUUUCGAUGCUUGGGCUUCCAAGGGCAUGCGGCUCGGAACCCACAACUACCAGAUUGUUGCUACUGAGGGCUACUUCUCCUCGGGAUCUGCUAGCAUCACUGUUCAGCAGUAG